AUGGCCGCGCUCGAUGACAUGUGGACCAGGGGACUAGCUAAGCUGUCGUACUACGAAUGUGAACGAAGACGACUUCUGCGAGAGCGCUCGGAAAUACUAUUGGCGCUGAGCAAAUUCUUUGUCCGGCCAGGUGAAAAAACGUGCGAUAUCGAGACAGAGUGGAUGCGCAUACCACGGAGCUUGGACUUCGACGACGAUGCAUUGAUCGACACUGUCACUGCUACACCCAAUCCCGACCCAAGUUGGACAGUCUCAUUUUAUCGCAGUAUUCCUAUGACCCGAGACCCGGUCACCCAGAAUGUCUGGUGUCCCAUUCUUGGCAGUUACGUGCACCGUACGAAUAUUGCUCGCUGUCCGGUGCUCAAGUGCCUCGGUGUCCAUGAGGGUUCUUCUACGGCGCUCUUUGGUGGCGCCGACGAUAGGCCGGGCGGAGAGCUAACGCCGAUGAAACGACCCGAGAACGGCAUGGUCAUGUGUGGCUUGUACAAGGAGCUGGUGGAUUCCGGGCGCGCGACAAUUCUGCCCUUGGAGGACAACGAAGGCUCCGACGGCGAGAAGGGCAGUUCUACCUAUGUCAUAUACCUCCUGGACGGAGACUUACGCAAACCCGACGCACCAGAUGCGAUGCGCGGUCUCCACCGAAAGAGACUCCAGUUCAGGGGUACGUCCUACCGACCUAGCAAGGACUUUCUGCGCUUCAAAUUCAUUAUCAAUGCGCUGCACCAGAGGCGGUGCGAUGUUCCGACGGACGUGCCCAUCAUCGCUCCCAAAAGGGACGACGAUGCCGUCGGCUGCUUGCUGCCCAAUGUGGCCCAGGCACUUUGGAAUUCGCUGGGCGCGUUGCCAAGGGGCCGCCUUCGGCAGUGCAUCCUCUUCAAGUUCAGUGUCCAGUUUGGCUGUCUGUCUCGGGAGAAUGCACAGUAUUUGUGGAACGUGUCAAGUGAACCCCCUGUUCUGGCAGACGACGAGGAGAAAGCCGCGACCAUCCACGCGCUGGAGUGGACCGUGGCGUGCAACAGAGUCGUGGAAGACAGGGAAGUCGCCUCCCGGCCGUUUAUUGAUGAAAUGGAGAUCAAAGCGGAGUUGGACGAUAUGUUUCUUUACGGACAGUUCCCGGACGAGUGGCCGUAG